AUGCAGUUCACUACCAUGAUCGCCGCCGCCAUCUUCGCCAGCUCUGCCAUCGCCCGUCCCGUCAUCGCCCGUCAAGACCAAGGCUUCAUUCAUAACAACAACAACUGUAACAAGGCGAACAACUGUUGCUUCUCAUCGAAGGAUGCCUGCGCUCGCCAGCUUGGCGACUUGCUUGGAUUCAACACGUUCAUUCUCUGCAACACAAACGACGACACACUAGCAGACGAUUUUUGCAAUAAACUGGGCGUCAGCACUGCAAACUGUACCGCCGACUGCUGUCGUAUUGACAAUGCCACCGGCCGCAACUGUCCCAAGGCCCCCUAG